AUGUGGAACAAGUUCAGUGUCCUGUUCAGGAACCCUUUAAACACAACCGUGAUAAUACUUGUUCUUGGCAGGGCGGAUGUGAAUGUGUGUGACCAGUUCUUCUGGACGCCACUGCACCAUGCGGCUCACGCUGGCCAAGUUGAACUUAUUGAACUUCUGGUGGAGGCCGGAGCCAUUAUAGAUGCCCAAGCCCUCAGCGGAGGCACGCCCCUCAUGAGGGCCAUUGAGAGCUCUCGACCCUCCUGUGUGGACUUCCUCAUCAAGGCGGGUGCUAAUGUCAAUGCAGAGAACAAGAAAGAACAAAACUGCCUCGACAUCGCCAGAGCUUUUGCAGACUCCAGAAUAAUUGACUUGGUCAAAGACAAGAUGGAUUCUCUGCCUAAACCAAAGGAAAAUGCAAAGGGAAAGGGGGGCAAAACUCAAAAGCCCAAACCUGCUAAAGGAAAGGUCAUUUCUGCCGAAGGGGCAGGGAGAUCGAGUGCAACAACAGGAAGGACUUCACCACAGAAGGAUUCCAAGAGCGUGAUCCUGCAAAACACCAGGAUCACUACGGGGAAAACCAACACAGUGGAUAUCACCUUUGUGCCAAAAACGGUUUGGGGGAAGCCACCCACCACCAGCCAGCUGAUGUCAAAAAUAGAAAGACGAAAGGAGCUCUUAUCCCUCGAGUUGGACUUUGAUGACUUCAUGAUGCCUUUCAGCCAGAACAUCCAGAGGAAAACGCUGGGCCUGGCAAAAACAACAGACUAGAGCAAAAGGAGGUUAGGCAGAGAGAGACACUAUAGCCUGUUACCUGAGCUGGCUGGCCACCUGUAACGGUUAUGGACACUGCAUUUAUUUUGGAUGGAUCUGUUUUCAUCACUGCUGCUUUAAUCAACUGGACAUUCUUAUCAUCUAGUAUCAGAACUUGCAACAUCAAUAGAUAGUCAGAAAUUGUCAGUAGGAUUGUACAUGUAUAAUUUCAUCAAUCAAACUUACCAAUGGUAGUAUGUGCUGUUAUUAAUGAUCAACUAUUUCUUACAUUUCUCUUUGAAAAUAUUUAUUAUAUGCACACAAUGAAGUACUGUAUACCCACUCAGGGGUAAAGCAAAGCAAAACUGGACAGAUAUA